UAGUUGCGGCUACACUUCUACCAACGUGUUCCGGAAUCUCGAUUUCUCAGUUCUUUUUAGACAACUAGUCACCAGUCAUGGAGAAACCACCAGUUGAAGAAGAAGAGCUUUAUUCGAGCUGGGCAUUACUUAUUCUAACCUCUCUUAUAAUACUAUCAUUGUUUUCUUCCUAUUAUUUACAACGCAAACAAAUACGAGCAUUACACGAAACUGUAAUUUCGAUUUUUGCGGGAAUGUUAGUGGGAUUGAUUAUUCGUAUGUCUCCAGGAUCAAUGAUUCAGGAUAUGGUUACGUUUAAUUAUACGUAUUUUUUUAACUUAUUACUUCCUCCUAUUAUUUUAAAUACUGGAUAUGAAAUGAAGAAGGGAAAUUUCUUCAAAAAUCUUGGGACAAUUCUUACGUUUGCGUUUUUAGGGACUUUUAUAUCAGCUUUAGUCAUAGGAAUUUUAGUUGGAAUAAUAUCAGCUAUGGGAAUAGGCUCAAUGUCCCUUUCAUUUUUAGAUUCAAUGAUUUUUGGAUCUGUUUUAUCAGCAACCGAUCCGGUAACCGUACUUACCAUAUUCCAAUCGCUCAAAGUUGAUCCUAAACUUUACUCUAUAGUUUUUGGAGAAAGUAUUUUGAAUGAUGUUGUUUCCAUUGUACUUUAUGAAACAUUAAAAAAAUAUCGAGGUCAAGAUUUUCAUUUCUCAAAUAUAACUCAUGGUAUUUUUAUAUUCUUCCUUAACUUUGGAACCUCUUUAAUAAUUGGAGUUAUUAUUGGAGUGUCGUGUGCAUUGAUGCUAAAGCAUUCUCGUUUAUAUAAGUAUCCUUCCAUAGAAUCAUGUCUUAUGGCAUUGAUGGCAUAUUCUUCAUACUUGUUCGCAAACGGAUUACAUUUAUCAGGAAUUGUUUCCUUGUUGUUUUGUGGUAUAACAUUGAAACACUACACGUAUGAUAAUAUGUCACUACGCACAAAACGUACUACAAAAUAUAUGUUUCAUAUUCUUGCCAAAUUAUCAGAGAAUUUUAUUUUCAUCUAUUUAGGCUUGACGUUAUUCACACAAUUGGAUUUGGAGUAUAAACCCUUCUUUAUUUUCUUUACAUCAAUUAUUAUCUGUAUAUCAAGAUAUAGCGCAGUAUUUCCACUUUCAAAGUUAAUCAAUACUGUAUCACGAUAUAGAAACAAAGCAAAUAGAGGUGAACCUAUUCCAUUCAAGUAUUCAGUAAUGUUAUUCUGGGCAGGCUUGAGAGGAGCAGUAGCAUUUGCAUUAGCAGCUGGAUUAGAAGGUGAAAAUGCAGACGCGAUGAGAACAACAGUUCUUGUAGUUGUCGUAUUAAGUGUUGUUGUAUUUGGAGGAUCAACUAGUCGAGUAUUAGAAAUAAUGAAGGUACAAACCGGAGUUGAAGAAGAAGGUAGUGAUAGUGAUGAAGAAGAAGACAACUACGAUAAAUAUUAUACUGAUGGAUAUGAUAACGAAGUUCAUUACGGAGAAAGAUAUCGCGAUAUUGUAAGAGAGAGUGAUAACGGACAUAAUCGAACAGACUCUCAAGGAUCAUUCGUAUCUGAUUCGGGAAGUAUUAAUAGAAAUCCUGAAGUGAGGGUUCAAUUGCAACAAACAACAACAAAUAAUAAAAUUUUAAAGAAGCAUUGGUUUACAUCAUUUGAUGAUAAAUAUUUAAGACCAUUAUUUAUACGAAACGAUAGAGAUUUUAGGCAAUUAAAUCACAGAUCAUCCCACGUGGAUAAUAGAACUGAACCUACUGAUAACAAGAAUAAAAAAAUCAAUACAAAAGAUUUCUUAGAUAAUUCAUCAUCAUCUACUCAGCAGCAAAACCUUGGCGACAACCCUGGUGACAAUCUUAUUGGUGACACGUCAAAUUCAAGAUUUCAAAGUUUGAACAAUUUAUUGAUUGAUGACAGCCAAAAUAAUGAUGAAAAUUUAUUAGAUCUUAAAGAGUUACAAAAUAAUAAAUAAGUCAGUACAAAUAUAUAGAGAAUAAAACAUUAAGAAUAUUGGAGCGUUGGAAAGAAUAAAAUAAAUAUUUUAAUUAAUUAAAAUUAAUGGGUGGGUUUUUAGAUAUUCUUAUUUUGGUUGGAUAUUAAAGCAUUUAUAUUUAAGAUUUAUAUAAAAACGAUUUUGAUCAAAUUAAAUUAUUAUUUUAUUGGAAAUAAAAAUUUAUUUACUGAAUAGAUGAAUGAAUGAUAUUUAAAGUAUUGAGCUGGCAAAAGUGAAAAUAAUUACUUACUAGUUUAGUGUAGGCCUUAAUUAUAGAAUCAAUAAAAGAUAUUAUUUUCGUUGAUCGUUGGUAUUUAU